AUGCCAGAGCAGAAGCUGGGCGAGAACAUUCAUGAUAAGCGGAACCAGAAGCUGGAGGCCUUUGAUGUCCUUAGAGCAGCUCUUGAAAUCUCUUUCAAGAAUUUCAAUUUCAUCAUUUUUGUCUUUCUGAUUUCCCUGCCUCUUUUAUGCUUCAUGGUUUACUAUGAAAUUUUCCUUCAGAGGACACUGGUUGAAACCUCAAAUAUCGUUAAUGAGCCUCCUGGUUACUUCUACUAUAAGAGGUCGAUUCCUGAUUUUUCAACUGAAGAAACGAGUCUUCAAAUUACCAAAGAUCUUUUUGAAAAAUUGUUUCACCUUGGUUUCCUCUAUCUGGUGCCUCUACAUCUCGUUGAGUUCUGCAGUGUGAUUGUGAUUAUUGAUUUGGCGUCAAAGAUAUAUGUAGAAGAGAGACCAUUGACUCUCAAGGAAAUGAAGGAUAUGAUAAAUAAGCUUUACUAUGGAGCAAGAGUGAGAGGCACUUUUAUCACUUCAAUUUACAUUCUCUUCGUAUCAACUUGUAUUCUACUCGGGUUAAUAUGGUUAAUCACAAAUAGUUUUCAACUUGGAUUGAUGUGGUUAUUCGCAGACUACCAUUUUAUUAUCAAAGAUUCUGCCAUUGAUGUGUUCUUUGCAGUGUUUUAUGGAAUAGCUUUUGUAGCACUGCUAACAAAAUACUUAGAAUGGAGUGCUAUGUGGAAUAUGAGCAUUGUCAUUUCAGUGUUGGAGGGGAUAUAUGGGGGUGAAGCAUUUGCUCUUUCUGCUUAUUUUAAUAAAGGUAGCGAGGGGUGUGGGCUGCUUUUGAUGCUCGUUUUCUUUGUUUGGGGACUGGGUUUAAGGUUGCCAUGCCUCUAUUUUGGAUGCUAUGAAGGAGGGAGAGGAAUUGUUGCACAAAUCAGCUUGUUCUGCUUGGGGAAUGUGCUGAAAUGGGUAGUCUGCAUGGUCUAUUUCUAUGAUUGCAAGAAGCGGAUUUUAGAGAAGAAAGCUGAUGAGGAAGUUGGAAGAGAUAUCGAAGCUGUUGGUGCAUAA